CUUUGUCCCAGUGGAAACUCCAGUCUUGAGGUAACAACUUGGUAAGUCCUCCACAGUCUUCUUGCAUUUCAUUACUUUGGGUUUUGGGGCUGUGGGGGUGAAGGGGAAUGAGCAGAGGCUGCUGCUGCAGCUGUUGGGUGUAUUCAAAGCGUAGAUAUCUUUUAUACAGUUUGAAGCUGUUCUAGGAUCACAGCGGUUUUGGGGAACGAAUGAGAGCUCAUAGAAUGAAGAGAACAAAACAGAAACAGUGGAUGAACUAGGGAGGGAAGAAAAGUUAGAGGAGUUUAUCACAUCAGGAGUAAUCUUACUGUGACAUGCUGACAAGAAAAGACUGAGGUUUAGGGAUGCUGCUUGCUCUAGACUUGCAGGAAGAAAGCCUCCCCUCUGGCUAGAUGCCAACCAGAGCAAAAUUAAUUACAAAUAUGAAGAUUCACAAUAUGAUUUAGUUUGCAUGAAUGUACCAGCAGUCCAAAUACAGGACUAAAAAAGGUCUUGUCAUUACAUUCAUGAGAUUAAGUUCAAACUGUUUUGGCAAUGCUGGCAUGGUCUUUUGGAAAUGGACAGGUUGGAUGGAUAGAAAAUGAAGAGAUGUGCCAUUUUUUUUAACUUACUAACUUUCAGUCUCAGUAUCAUAGCAAACUCUAUCAAUGUGUUGAUAAACCAGUGAUAAUUUUUCAUCAGGUCAUUCAUGCUUUAUUAGGUUGUUCUCCUUGAAAACAUCACAAAUAACACCAAACCGCAACAGAAAUUGAAUUUACACAUAUUGAUUAGAUGGGACAGUCUGUAUGGAGUAGAGGAUGCUGUCACUCUGGAUGCAGACGGUGGCCACAGACCUCUGUAAAGAUCACAGCACAUGGUCUGGUUUCAAAUAAAGGGGUCCACUGUUAGUGUGGCGACAGCUGAGGAUAGACCGAAGCCCCUUGCUGCCACUUGUCAAAAGACACACCGCUUCAGCUGUUAACUGGCUGUGGCUUAAGGAUGACAUACAGACUGAAGGGGGAGGUAGACAAGGGUCCUUAGGCUGAAAAUAGACCUGUGAGUGUGUGUGUUGGGGGUCCAGCCAUGUCCUGUUUUGGCUUUCCAGGCAGCUGAAAGAGAUUAAAGCACUCAGAGGUGUCUUCAUACUUAACAUGGUGCUGAAUUGUCUCAAAAAAUUUCACGUUAAUGCCAAUCAUACAAGAUUUAAAUGGAUAUAUUACACAUCAGAGAGUUAACAAGUGUUGUGAUAGAAAUACAGGCAUUAAAGCUCUUGAGUGAGAUAAGCAUACUUUUAAAAAUCCUAAGCUCAUGUUUCACCUGUGAUUCCAUGCUUUGUCUCAAACAGAAGGCCAGCCAAGUAAAGACCAAACAUGUGUGACGACGACGAGACCACCGCCCUGGUGUGUGACAAUGGAUCUGGUCUGGUCAAGGCUGGGUUUGCCGGUGAUGACGCCCCCCGAGCUGUCUUCCCAUCCAUUGUUGGACGCCCCCGUCACCAGGUAGGGACCAAGAUAAGGCAACGAGAUCACGAAAAAUGUGAUGUUGUUAAUGUUUUAUUGCUGAAUAUCUGACAUGUUUUGUUUGUUCUCAGGGUGUGAUGGUGGGUAUGGGUCAGAAAGACAGCUAUGUGGGAGAUGAGGCCCAGAGCAAGAGGGGUAUCCUGACCUUGAAGUACCCCAUCGAGCAUGGCAUCAUCACCAACUGGGACGAUAUGGAGAAGGUGAGACAAGGACACAAGAUCAGGACAUGUUCUUCUAUUAAUCCAUAAUUAAGGCCUAAUUCUAGGUCAUCAAACCAACAACAUGAAAUUAAGACCCUCACAUUACCCCUCUCUCUUCCUGUUUUACAGAUCUGGCACCACACUUUCUACAACGAGCUCCGUGUGGCCCCAGAGGAGCACCCCACCCUGCUCACUGAGGCCCCUCUCAACCCUAAGGCCAACAGGGAGAAGAUGACCCAGAUCAUGUUUGAGACCUUCAACGUCCCCGCCAUGUAUGUGGCUAUCCAGGCUGUGCUGUCACUGUAUGCCUCUGGUCGUACCACAGGUGAGUCUCUACCAAUGGCUUUAACUGUGUGACUUAACAGGCCGAUUAAAGAUGCUUACUCCAUGAGCUGUUCAUAGAAGAACUUCCAACUUUUUAUAAACAGGUAUUGUGCUGGACUCUGGUGAUGGUGUGACCCACAACGUGCCCAUCUAUGAGGGUUACGCUCUGCCCCACGCCAUCAUGCGUCUGGAUCUGGCCGGUCGCGACCUGACUGACUACUUGAUGAAGAUUCUGACAGAGCGUGGCUACUCCUUUGUCACAACUGGUAAGCCAACCUUAACAUCUUACUGUAUUAGAAAACGAGCAACUAGUAAAAUGAUGGAGGUUAAUACACCUAAUGGAUGUAAUUCACUGCGACUUAAAGCAAGUCUGUUGAAUUUUGCUCAUGAGUAUGCAUUGAGCUACAUUUGAUGACUUGGGAAUCCAACAAAAAAACUAGUAGUAGAUCUGCAUUUGUCAGUUAUGGUGUUUUCUGUGAUUGGCCAACAAAACUGUGGCAUUUCCCUCCGCCAGCUGAGCGUGAGAUCGUGCGUGACAUCAAGGAGAAGCUGUGCUACGUAGCUCUGGACUUUGAGAAUGAGAUGGCCACUGCUGCCUCCUCCUCCUCUCUGGAGAAGAGCUACGAGCUGCCCGACGGUCAGGUCAUCACCAUCGGUAAUGAGCGUUUCCGCUGCCCCGAGACCCUGUUCCAGCCCUCUUUCAUCGGUGAGUUAUGGUAACAGAUGACCCGUCACUAAGCAGAUACAGUUACUUCUGCAAGUAAUAAGACCAUAUUAUUAAGUGUUUUACACCUCAGAUGGAGAGGAAAUAUACAUCAAUAAAGCUAGUGUCAGUGAUUAUUUGUGUUAUUCAUGCUAUUUUUUUUCAUAUUAAUUUGAAUACUGAUUUGUAUUAAACUUGCGUCUUAAAUACACCCCUUCCUCUCGCCCACCCAGGUAUGGAGUCUGCUGGUAUCCAUGAGACAGCAUACAACAGCAUCAUGAAAUGCGACAUUGACAUCCGUAAGGACCUGUACGCCAACAACGUGCUGUCUGGUGGUACUACCAUGUACCCUGGUAUCGCUGACCGUAUGCAGAAAGAGAUCACUGCCCUGGCCCCAAGCACCAUGAAGAUCAAGGUGAGCCCUGAGUGACCAGCACUUGCAGGUUAAAUCAAGCUGACAUGCUAGGGAAAAGCUCAGUAUCUUAUAAAAAUGUCUACAUACUUACAUCCACUUUUCUCUGCAGAUCAUCGCUCCCCCUGAGAGGAAAUACUCCGUCUGGAUUGGCGGCUCCAUCCUGGCCUCCCUGUCCACCUUCCAGCAGAUGUGGAUCAGCAAGCAGGAGUACGAUGAGGCAGGCCCCUCCAUCGUCCACAGGAAGUGCUUCUAAGUCCCUAACCAUCACCAAACACCCACUGUACCCUCCUACCUUCCAUAUCUGUAUUUCUACUGUGCCUUUUGCUGUAUAUACAUGUACUAUUGUAAUAAAAAUAGCUGCUUUUAACAGAAA